AUGGGCUUGGGCUAUUUAUCUUCACAAAUACCUUUACAAAUAUCAUCACAAACACCUUUGCAAGUACCUUCACAUGGAUCUUUACAAAUAUCACCACAAAUACUUUCACAAAUACCAUCACACAUAUCAUCACAGCUACCAACUAAUUUUUUACUACAAAUAUCAAAUAAUUUUUCAGCACAGCUAUUAAAUAAUUUUUUUUCGCAUUUAUCUAAUAUUCCUUUACAAGCAUCAGCUAAUAUUUCUUUACAAAUAUCACCAAAUCUUCCUUUACAAAUAUUACCAAAUAUCUCUUUCUAUACAAUAUCUUCUCAAUUAUUAUCUAAUAUCUCUCCACAAUCCUAUUUUAUGCUAUUUUCAAUUUUUCCUAAUUUACAACCUUUAAUAAAUAAUUCAAUAUCACAUAAAUUAUCAACAACUUCUUUAAAACCUGUACCUAAACUUGAGGAAUUUUUAACAAAGAUAGAUGAAGCUAAAAAUGUGAAUGGUAAAAUUUUAGCAUAUUUACGAAAAUUUCAAGAUUAUGCUAUUCAAGUUAAUCGGAUAUAUAAAUUAACUGAUCAACAACUUGAAUUAGUAGGAAUUACAAAAAUAGGAUAG